UUCUUUACCAAUUGCUCAUCUCUGUUCUUGGAGCCCUCCUGAAAGGAGACACGCAGCAGGUUCGCUGGGGAGACCCCUCGAAGCACCCACGGGGAAGCAGCGGAGGGCAGGAAGAUGCCUCUGGGGCUCCAUUUGGGUGCCUUGAUGAUCCUCCUGUUCCACACAGCCAGCCUUGUGGAGAGAAAGAUUGAAGUAAUCACGGUGGAAAUCUCUUUGGGGGACGUGAGUCUCAACUGCCCAGGAGAGAAAUCCCAGUGGUGGGAGGCCAAUUCCAGUCCAGGAAACAGCAGCACCCUGGUCUUCUCCGACUCAGACCAUCUGUUUGAGAUCGAAAGGGGGAAAGAACUUUUCUGUGGACAAAAGAGUCAGAAUGGCAAAUCGUGGAAGAUUUUUCUGAAGAUCAAAGGGUGCAAGGACUGUGUGGAGCUGAGCUUUGCCCUCGGGGCCAGCAUCAUCGUGGCUGACCUCCUGUUCACCUUGGGAGUCCUGCUCCUGGUCUAUUUCUGCAGCAAGAAGCAGCAGGCCCUCUUCAGGGCAGGUGCCCCACGACGGCUACGAGGCAAGUGCCUCUGUCUUUUCUCCCCCCCCUCCCCAGUGCAGGCCAGAUUUUAA